GCCUUAACUGCCACUGUCACUACUGAAUACUGUCUGUAGUUUUUGUUUUUUAUUGAUAUUGAAUUUAGGUCUUUCUGUCUGCUAAAGUUAUCAUUUAUUCAUGGUUUAGAAGAAGAUGGACGACGAGGCGUAUGAUUAUUUGUUUAAGAUUGUUAUGAUUGGUGAUUGUGGUGUUGGAAAAACAUGUGUUGUUCAAAGAUUUAAAUCUGGUACUUACGUAGAGCGUCAUGGUAAUACUAUAGGUGUUGACUUCGCAAUGAGAACUCUUGCAGUCAAUAAGAAACGCGUUAAGCUUCAAAUAUGGGAUACAGCUGGCCAGGAACGUUUCCGUACCAUUACACAGAGUUACUAUAGAAGCGCUCAUGGAGUCAUCAUGGCAUAUGAUAUCACAAAACAUACAAGUUUUCUCCAUCUUCCUCAAUGGGUAGAUGAGUUAAGAAAUUAUACUGAAUCAGAUGUACCAUUAGUUUUAAUUGGUAAUAAGUGUGAUCUUGAAUCUGAAAGAGAAGUGCCUUUUGAAGAAGCUUUAGCGUUAAAAGAGCAGAUUCCAGAGCUGGUAGCAGUGCUUGAAACAAGUGCUCGAGAAGAUACAAAUGUAGAAAAAGCUUUUGUCACUUUAGCUCUUGAACUUAUGAAACGUUGCAAUAAUGGUUUCCCCUUACAAUCUCAGCAUAAUGAUAAUUUAUCUUCUAUCAAUAGCAGCAAUAUCACUGGCCCACGUAGUUCAUGUUGUUCAUGACAACCUUCAAUUGUAUGAUUCUAAUUAGACGUUUUCUUUUAGUAUAUGUUAAGAUACAGAACUGUUUAUUUUUUUUCAAAGAACAAAUUUUUUCGUUUACUGUUGUUAACCGACCAAUUGUCUAUUGCACAUCAGGUUUAGUUGCAGUUAAUGAGUUUCUCUUUAUUGCAACUGAACCUGAUAUGUUAACCUGAA